GCGGCGGAGGGCCGGGCGGCGGGCGGGGACGCGGGCGUCGGGGGACGCGGCGCCCCGCGGAGAAGUUCGGGGGCGGCCCGGCCGGGACGCGCGCAGGUUCGCGCCCCGAGACCCGCCCCGCGGCCGGCGCCUUCUGUUUUUUUUACUCGCGGGCGAGCCGGUCGCGCCCGGGGCAGGUGCGGGGGCGCGCGGGGGCGCCCCGUCUGCGCCCACGGAGGCCGGCGGCCGCAUGGAGUUCCCGGAGCACGGCGCGCGGCUGCUGGGCCGCCUGCGGCAGCAGCGGGAGCAGGGCUUCCUGUGCGACUGCACCGUGCUGGUGGGCGCCGCGCGCUUCCCGGCCCACCGCGCCGUGCUGGCCGCCUGCAGCGUCUACUUCCAUCUCUUCUACAGGGACCGGCCCGCGGGCGGCCGCGACGCCGUGCGGCUCAACGGCGACGUGGUCACGGCGCCCGCCUUCGGCCGCCUGCUGGACUUCAUGUACGGGGGCCGCCUGGACCUGCGCAGCCUGCCGGUGGAGGACGUGCUGGCCGCCGCCAGCUACCUGCACAUGUACGACGUCGUCAAGGUCUGCAAGGGCAGGCUGAGGGACAGGGGCCGCGCGCUGCCCCGGGGGCCCCCCGCCGCCCGGGCAGAGCCGCUCGGGCCGCCGCCGCGCACCCAGCCCGCCCGGGCCCCGGAGAAGGCCGGGCCGCCACGCUCCGGGCUCCGCGCGCUCCCCCCGCGAGCCCCGGGGCCCCCUCCCUGGCAGGCCCCAGGAGACGCCGAGCGGGCCCUGGACCUGUCGCUGAAGCCGGGCCGCAGGCGGGAGCCAGCGCACGCACCGCGUGUCCUUCACACAGCCCCCCGCGUCCAGAUGCAACAAGGCGCGCAGCCACCAGUGCGGGACUCGCGGGACUCGCCGUCGGAACGGGACGGCGGCGCCCACGGCCCCCCGCAGCCAGCCUGCGCCCCUGCAGCCGAGCCGUCGGCGGGAGGCCGGGAGCCGGAGCCGGAGCCGGAGCCGGACGCGGAGCUGGGGGCCCGCGGGGACGAGCUGGGCCCCGGCGCGCGCCCGUGCGUGUGCCCGCUGUGCGGCAAGCUGUUCCCCGGGGCCCACGUGCUGCAGCUGCACCUGAGCGCCCACUUCCGGGAGCGGGACGGCGGCCGGGCGCGCCUCUCGCCCGACGGCACGGUGCCCACCUGCCCGCUCUGCGGGAAGACCUUCUCGUGCACGUACACGCUGAAGAGGCACGAGCGGACCCACUCGGGCGAGAAGCCCUACACGUGCGCGCAGUGCGGCAAGAGCUUCCAGUACUCGCACAACCUGAGCCGCCACGCGGUGGUGCACACGCGCGAGAAGCCGCACGCCUGCCGCUGGUGCGAGCGCCGCUUCACGCAGUCGGGGGACCUCUACCGCCACGUCCGAAAAUUCCACUGUGGGCUGGUCAAGUCCCUGCUGGUGUGACUUGUGUUUGUGCGGCGCGAGGGGGUGGGGGUGGGCUGG